AUGGGUGAGCUGCCGGCGAAUGAGGAUAUCAAAUUUCUCCCCUCUGCCCUAUGUUUUGGAAAUCGAUCAACCGAAACAUUUGCUUUACUAGUUGAACGACUAUAUCUUUCCUCGGAUCUCCAUCUGGCCCAUCAGAAGCCCCGUUCCCGGUGCAAGUUUGAGUUUUGGCUAUGGGGUGCCAUGGGCAUUGCGUUGCAGGGAUUGAUGGCGCCAAUAGCCAAAACCAUUUUGCAGAGACCAUCUCAUAGACAUCCUGAGCCACUUGCAGGUCUUGAGCCUCACGUUGCGUUGUUAGCUGCCCGCCCUAUGUCAACGAAUCGCUCAACGUCUAAUAACAGCUACAUAAGUUCACAGAACUCUUCUUUGCAUAGGGCCCCCUUUAGCCGUUUGGUGGUAACAACCUUGAUGCCUCCACCAGUUGUAAGUUAUCGGUUACCAUCCCCGUCGACGGACGUCAUCCCGUCUAUGUUAGUCAGUGUGCUCCCAUACAACGAUCUUGGGCCUGAACGCAAGGAUAUCACAACAUCCCCACAUGUGUGA